AUGAAGGAGGAAGAAAAGCGCAAGAGGGGGCCUGAUGCCCAGGUGGAGGAAGAUGGUAGAGGGAGCAGUGCCUCGGACGAGGGUGGUGGAGGGGAUGGAGAGUCCCUUGGUGGGCAGCCACCGGGUGGGGGGAAGGUGGAGGUGAAGGGUGAAAGAGGUGCACAGUAUUGCGAGACUAAAAAUAAAUCUCGAGAGGUGAAGGUGAAGGGUGAAAGGGGUGAGAAGUACUUCGAGAUGAAAAACAAAUCUCGAGGAGUGAUGGUGCAGGGUGAAUGGUAUUGCGAGAUUAAGAACAAAACUCGAGAGGCGAAGGGUGAAAGGGGUGAGAAGUAUUGCGAGAUUAGAAACAAAUCUCAAGGAGUGAAGAGUGGAAGGGGUGAAAAAUAUUACGAGAUUGAAGAGAUAUCUCGAGGAGUGAUGGUGCAGGGUGAAGGAGGUCCCGGGUAUUGUGAUGACGAAAAGAAAUAUCGCGGACAGAAGGGAAGAAAGCAGAGCCCAGGACCGGGAUCAAAACAGAAUCUCGGGGAGGCUGAAAUAAAGCGAAAGCAAUCAUCACGCGAGAACAUCGAAGACGACUCGGAGGGUGGGAUUGUUGAGGAGGAGGGGGGAGGAUCGGUGGUGCACAACACCGAGGGUGAUGGCCUGGCGACGGGGAUCGUCUCGUCCAACCACAUUAAGCGACGUUUUUCAGUAUCUAAGGAGUAUUCCAAGCAGGGUGGAAGAACCAAUCACUAGUAAGACACACAGAGAUUUUCCAGAAGUAGGGAUGCCGAACACGCCCCCUUCGUCAGAUAAACCGAAGUCUAGCAUUGGCAGAAUGGGAAAUGUUACUGACAAUGCAACACCAGCGGGGAAUGCGUUAAACACUCGAAGGAAGGAAACACGCAAGGCAAAUUCUCCGAAAACAGUGAGGUGUCCGCUGUAUCCUCAAGCGGAACACACAGUUGGUCGAAAUGGAGCCAAAAAGGGGUCGAUUAAAAGGGACACUAGAAAGGAAAAAAGCGUUACCAUUGAUCGUG